GGAGCACUUCCUUUAAAUGCCUCCACUCUUCCCCGAGUAUUCGCUAUCACACUCACAAGAAAAGACCCUGAAGGAGCUGACACCUGAGUGACAAAACUGCUAAUACCUGAGGAUAGAUACAGUCGACCUGCCUAACCUUUCGUUCUCUCUUUCUCUCCAUAUCUGCAGCUCCCUCUCUCUCUCGUGACUCAACGAGAUCAGUCUUUACUACGCUCCUCUCAUGCUUACUGAGAAUGGAUGACACACAGUACGGGGUUCAGAUUGGAGAGAACAAAUUCAUCAGCAAGGUAACAGUCCUUUCACAACUUAAGACGUACAACCUCUACUAUGAAGGACAGAAUCUACAGCUCAGACACAGAGAAGAAGAGGGGGAGCUGAUCAUCGAGGGCUUGCUGAAUAUCUUUUGGGGCCUUCGGCGACCAAUCAGACUUCAGAUGCAGGAUGACCACGAGCGAAUCCGGCCGCCCCCUUCCUCUACGUCCUGGCACUCCGGUUGCAAUCUGGACAGUCAAGGUUCUCCCAACAGCACAGAUGGUCAGCAGGAGACACAGCAGACCCCGCCCACAGUGGAAGUGACGCCACCUGACAACCAACUAGAGGACAAUGGUGUGAUGGAGGAACAGGCAGACGAGGACAGUGACAGCUCCGCUCAGCUCCUCAGGACGAAGAGCGAUGCCGGGGUCUUGAGACGAGGCCAGCGACGGUCACCGAGCGACCAGAGGAAAAUUCGACGCCAUCGUUUUUCCAUCAACGGACACUUCUACAACCAUAAGACAGCAGUGUUUACUCCUUCUUACGGCUCAGUGACUAAUGUUCGGAUCAACAGCUGCAUGACGACGCCUCAGGUGCUCCGAGUUCUCCUCAACAAGUUUAAAAUUGAAAACAGCCCAGAUGAGUUUGCAAUCUACCUAGUCCAUGCAAGUGGAGAGCGUGUGAAACUGAAGCGAAGUGACUACCCUCUGAUAUUGAGAGUGAUGCAGGGUCCGUGUGAGCAGGUCUGCAAGAUUUUCCUCAUGGAAGAAGACCUGGGAGAAGAAGUCACAUAUGAUGUGGCGCAGUAUAUCAAGUUUGAAAUGCCUGUCCUGCGGAGUUUCAUCACCAAACUGAAGGAGGAAGAGGACAGAGAGGUGCAGAAACUCAGGAGAAGGUAUACUUACCUGCGUUGUAUAAUUGAGAAGCAGCUCAGUUGUCUUCCAGAGGGGGCGACGUGUAUGUGAUCAUCAAACUGUCAAAACCUCUCCCAGAGCACCGCAUCCUCCACCCAGCUGGGAACAAGAAUCAUCUGACAAAAACCCAAUGUAUGUGUUCCAGCGAUUAGCCUGCUCCUCUGAAUUCCUGCCUCUGCAUGGGUUUUUUUUCAAAUCCGUCAACAUACAGACAAAACUUAAACAUGCUAGACUGUGUGCAUGUUAAAGUGUGACCAUCUCAGCAGUGGACUUUAAGUCUUAAUUCAGACCCAAUCACUGUAUCUCCCUCUGCUUUCCUUUCCCUAUAUUUCUUUGUUAUCCGUACACACAGAAAGACAUUCCUCUACUCCUUUUAGUAUUUUUAACCUUUUUGCAGUGCAGUAAAAAGGAGAUGUCCCGUCUUCUGUCUCUCCAGAUUAAAGGCUAAUACCCAAAAUCAAUUUAAAGCACAAACGUGACAUAAAAUGGUUUUAGUAAAGUGCCUGUUAAAGGUUAAAAGCACACAGGAAACUACUUAGAUACAUUUGAGUAACAGGAAACCACAGUUUCUGUCAAUGUGAAACUGUCAUCUUGUUGCAUACCCCAUAAUGCAUCCCUGCCUCAUGUAAGAUGGCAAGAAGAUGUCACGUUGGGAUUUUAAAAGCACAGUGAAAUACUGUUCGAUAGAUUUCAACAUCAUUCUGCACACAACGCCUCCUGGUAGGGAUUGGAUAUCGGACCGGCUGUACAAUGCAACAGUUUGUGACACGAAAGCACAACAAAAGACUGUGAAUUACGCCGUUGAUCUUUUGAUGGAAGAAUGUUGUAAAUGUAUGAAUGAGCAUUUAAAAGCAGCACAGUUUGCCUCCACAUGUACAGCGCUUUGCAUACGUCUGCUAUUGUCCAUGUGCGUACAGCCCCGUCCGUUCAAUAUUUCUAACAUGGUUGUUGAAAAGGUCAUCAGGAGCGUGUGUGUGAGACUGAGAGUGUGCAUGUUGUAUUUUUAGUGACUCUUAAGACUUGCCUGCUUUUUGUAUCGUGUCUUUUACAAAAUAAUGAAGGAACUGUAGUCUUUAAGAUGUUAAGAACUAAUGCCACGACUUGGAAAAUGUGGGUUUUUUUCUUACAAUGAUUGUUAUUUAAUAAAAAAAAAAACGUUAUGUUGAGAAAAGAUUAA